UCCAUUUACCAUUUACAUGAGUCACACGGCGGAAUAUUCUUGAUUUGAUGUUUGUUUUGCGUAUUUAUUAGUCGCUGGGCUUUAAUCAGUAUUCUCUGAAAUAUGGUUUGUAGGCGGUAGUUAUUAUUUUAAUUAUCAUUCAUUUCAUUUAGUAUUUUAUAUGUAUUAAUUUUGUUUCAUUUAUGUAUUUUUGUUUAUUCAUUUAUUAUUGACUGAAUGACUGACUGACUGAAUGAAUGUGAAAUGGUCUAUCACGUUCUUCAGAACGGUGCUUUUAUUUUGAAGUCAGUUCUUACACACUCUUACUGUAAUAAAGAUAAACACCUACCACAAAACAAUAAGUGGGCUGGCUUGACUGUGUUUUUCGAAGUGGAGGCUUGACUGAAGUUCAACUUCACGGAGAGAAGCCACAGAAAGGAAGAAACACUGGGAACACAGGUAACACUGGGAUUACUGGAGUACUGGAAUACUUCAACCUGCUGCUGAUUCAACAUAGUCUAGUAUAAUAUAUAAACAGGAGAUUUAGAGGAGCUAGGCUACGACUCAAAGUGAAAAGUAUAACUUUCAACCUUCGGACUGAUCGACUGCUCUCUCUGUGUGCUGUGUUUUUAUUUUCACUCAGAGACAAAAUGGCUUCCAGAUCAGAGGAGGAUCUCUGUUGUCCUGUCUGCUAUGAAAUCUUUAAAUAUCCUGUCCUCCUGUCAUGUAGCCACAGCUUCUGUAAAAACUGUCUGAAGAGCUGGUGGAGAGAGAAACAAACACAAGACUGUCCAGUUUGUAAGAGAAGAUCUUCAAAGUUGAACCCUCCUUGUAACCUGGCUUUAAAGAACCUGUGUGAGGCCUUCUUACUGGAGAGAGAUCAGAGAGCUUCAGCAGAGACUCUCUGCAGUCUGCACUCUGAGAAACUCAGACUCUUCUGUCUGGAUCAUCAGCAGCCAGUGUGUCUCGUCUGCAGAGAUUCAAGGAUACAUACUGACCACAGAUUCAGACCCAUCGAUGAAGCUGCUCAGGAUCACAAACAGGAGCUCCAGAAAUCCCUGAAGCUCAUUCAGGAGAAACUGGAGCUCUUUAAACAAGUUAAAGGAAACUGUGAUCAAACAGCAGAACACAUGAAGGUCCAGGCCCGACGCACAGAGAGGAAGAUUAAGGAGCAGUUUAAGAAGCUUCACCAGUUUCUAGAAGAGGAAGAGGAGGCCAGGAUCUCUGCCUUGAGGGAUGAAGAGCAGCAGAAGAGCCAGAUGAUGAAGGAGAAGAUGGAGGCUCUGAGCAGAGAGAUAGCAGCUCUUUCAGACACUGUCAGAGCCACAGAGGAGGAGCUGAGAGCUGAAGACGUCUCAUUCCUGCACAACUACAAGGCUGCAGUGGAAAGAGUCCAGCAGCGCCCCCUGCUGGAGGAUCCACAGCUGCUCUCAGGAGCUCUGAUAGACGAGGCCAAACACCUGGGCAACCUGACCUUCAACAUCUGGAUCAAGAUGAAGGAGAUGGUCUCCUACACUCCUCUGAUUCUGGAUCCAAACACUGCUGGUCAAGAACUCCUCCUGUCUGAAGAUCUGACCAGUGUGAGACGAGGACAGAAACAGCAGCUUCCUGAUAAUCCAGAGAGGUUUGAUUACGACUGCGCUGUCCUUGGUUCAGAGGGAUUUAACUCUGGGACUCACAGCUGGGACUUUGAGGUUAGAAAUGAUGAUCCCUGGGCCCUAGGUGUGAUAAAAGAGUCUGUCCAGAGAAAGGGAAAAAUGGUGACUGGGUUCUGGGACAUAUGUCUCCAUGAAGGAAAGUACAUAGCAGCCUCCCCACCACUCUCAGAAACCGUUCUCUCAGUGAAGAAGAAGCUCCAGAGGAUCAGAGUUCAUCUGAACUGGAACAAAGGAAAACUGUCUUUCUAUGAUCUUGAUACUAACACACAAAUACACACCUUCACACACACAUUCACUGAGAGACUGUUUCCAUACGUUGCCAAUAUAAGUAAACUCCCACUGAAGAUAUUACCAAUGAAGGUCUCUGUGUCAACAGGCUUAUGGCCUAGUUACUAAAUGCAUUAGCUAAGCAUGCUAUAUAGCAUUAUAUUCAGGUUGAGUAAGGCUACUCAGAAAUGCCAUCCUGCAUGUCAGUGAUACUAUACAUGUUCUACGAGUUUAUAUGAAACAGAAAAAAUCUUUUAUGCAAUUUGUAAUUUGAGUUUUUUGUCCGUACGUCCUCGGGUCUUUGACACAGGGCAAAUAUCUAUAUGUGACUGAACAGAGGAGUGUCAGUGUUUCAGGAACAUAAGAACCAUGUUGAGGCAAAAUCUGAACAUUAGUUCUGUCAAAACAUUUACUGAUAGUCUUAAAUGAAAAAACAAUACUUUAAAUUAUCUGAUGUUCAAUAUUUGCUGCCAAUAUUGACAUAUAUUGGCAGAUAUAAUUGCAUUCAUAAAUACAUAAUAUAAACAAACAUUGAGUUAUUAUUUCUGAUUUAUUAAUUACUUUUAAAGUCUUUUUUGGGGGAGGAAUAUGUCUCAUUGUAAGUAAUCAUUAUAUAAUCUUUUGUCAGCCAGUUGAUGACUUUUAAUAUCAUGCUUUUAUUGUUUUUAUUUCAUUCUGCACUGUCUAUCAUUGUGUAAGCAGAGGAACUACUUUCUUUCGAAAUUGUGAUUUUGAUGUAAACUGUACAUUUCUGAUUAUGUUCUGAUCGCUUUGAACCAAUUUGAAUUAUUAUUGUAAAAUGAAUAAACAAUUAAAUCAAAAUUAUUUCAGACUAAAAUGUGUUCAAAGAUUUUGAGUUUCAAUUGUAAUAUUUUGAGAAUACAAGAAAGGUUAAUAAUGU